GCCGCCGCCGCCGCUCCCCGCCGCCGCUGCCGCCGCCGCCGCCGCGCUGCAGGACUGGCUAUGGCCACCACUACUUCCGGGUUCCGUCACUUCAUUCUCCCGCCGAUCAGCGCUGCAAAACUGAGCCUCUUCUAUAAGGCAGCCAGCAGCCAACCUGCCAACACUUACUGACACUCACUCAUCUCAGAGAGCGAGGGAGAGAGGGAGACAAAAUACCUGCCGGGAGGAGGAAAAAAAAAAAAAAAAAAAAAGAGAGAGAGAAAGAGAGGGGGAAGUCUGGGCUUUGCAAACUACUCAAUUUUUCUUCGCAUCUUUCCCCACCCCCUUUCACAGUACUUUAAAAAAAAAAAUCAACAACCAAAAAACAAACAAAAAACCAACAACCCAAAAAAACCAACAACAACAGCAAAAAAAAAAAAAAAACAAAAAACAAAAAACCAAACCUUUAGAGAUCCUAAAAGGCAAAACCUGAGCGCGGAGUUACUGGAAGAAGAAACCGGGGUUAAAAAAGAUUCCUCCUCUCUUCUUCAUCAUCAUCAACCAUCAUUCAUUCACUACCUUGACAUUCCCUGGCUUUGAUUGACAGCUGGAGUGGCAAAAAGCCAUGAGACACGACAGUUUGGUUACAUGUGGGUUGCUGACGGGCCGAUCGUAACCUUCAGUUUGGGGGCUUGACUAUUUUUUUUUUUUUUCGUAGAGAAAGAAAAAAGGAAAAAGAGAGAGAGAAAAAGAAAAGAAAGAGAGAAAAAAAGAAGAAAACACAGAAACUCAUCGUGGUUCCUGACUGUUUUUUAUAUAUUAUUGUUGUUGUUAUUGUUGUUGUUGUUGUUAUUAUUAUUUACCCAUAUUGGAGGAUAGGAGAAGUCUAUAAGUGGGUUGCAAAAAAAAAAAAAAAAAAAAAAAAGGAAUCUUCUUCACUCUAAAUCACUUUCUUUGCUGGACUGGGAUAUUAAAUAUACGACACAUCCAGGAGUUUAUUGGAGCGCAGACUGAUGGCGCAAAGGUACGAUGAACUGCCCCACUACGGCGGGAUGGACGGAGUAGGGGUGCCGGCGUCCAUGUACGGGGACCCCCACGCCCCCCGGCCGAUCCCCCCGGUGCACCACCUCAACCAUGGGCCGCCGCUCCACGCCGGACAGCAUUACGGCGCCCACGCCCCGCACCCCAAUGUCAUGCCGGCCAGCAUGGGCUCCGCUGUCAACGACGCCCUGAAGCGGGACAAGGAUGCGAUCUACGGGCACCCGUUGUUCCCCCUCUUAGCUCUGGUCUUUGAGAAGUGCGAGCUGGCGACCUGCACUCCCCGGGAGCCCGGCGUGGCCGGCGGGGACGUCUGCUCCUCCGACUCCUUCAACGAGGACAUCGCCGUCUUCGCCAAACAGGUCCGCGCUGAAAAACCACUUUUUUCUUCAAAUCCAGAGUUGGACAAUUUGAUGAUCCAAGCAAUACAAGUACUAAGGUUUCACCUUUUGGAAUUAGAAAAGGUUCAUGAAUUGUGUGAUAACUUCUGCCAUCGGUACAUUAGCUGUUUGAAAGGAAAAAUGCCAAUAGACCUCGUUAUCGAUGAAAGGGAUGGCAGCUCCAAAUCAGACCAUGAAGAACUCUCAGGAUCUUCCACAAAUUUAGCUGAUCAUAAUCCUUCAUCUUGGAGAGACCACGAUGAUGCAACCUCAACGCACUCGGCAGGCACACCGGGGCCCUCCAGUGGGGGCCACGCUUCCCAGAGCGGAGACAACAGCAGCGAGCAAGGAGAUGGUUUAGACAACAGUGUAGCCUCACCUGGUACAGGGGAUGACGAUGACCCAGACAAGGACAAAAAGCGUCAGAAGAAAAGAGGCAUUUUCCCAAAAGUAGCAACAAAUAUCAUGAGAGCAUGGCUUUUCCAGCAUCUCACACAUCCAUAUCCUUCAGAGGAGCAGAAGAAACAGUUAGCCCAAGACACAGGACUUACAAUUCUACAAGUAAACAACUGGUUUAUUAAUGCCAGAAGAAGAAUAGUACAGCCUAUGAUUGACCAGUCAAAUCGAGCAGGUUUUCUUCUUGAUCCUUCAGUGAGCCAAGGAGCAGCAUAUAGUCCAGAGGGUCAGCCGAUGGGAAGCUUUGUAUUGGAUGGGCAGCAGCACAUGGGAAUCCGGCCUGCAGGACCUAUGAGUGGAAUGGGCAUGAAUAUGGGCAUGGAUGGGCAAUGGCACUACAUGUAACCUUCAUCUUGUAAACCAAUCGCAAAGCAAGGGGGAAGUUUGCAAGGCAUGCCAGGGGACUACGUAUCUCAGGGUGGUCCUAUGGGUAUGAGUAUGGCACAGCCAAGUUACACUCCUCCCCAGAUGACCCCACACCCUACUCAGUUCAGACAUGGACCCCCAAUCCAUUCAUAUUUGCCAAGUCACCCCCAUCACCCAGCCAUGAUGAUGCACGGAGGACCCCCUACCCACCCUGGAAUGACCAUGUCAGCACAGAGCCCCACAAUGUUAAAUUCUGUAGACCCCAGUGUUGGUGGACAGGUUAUGGACAUUCAUGCCCAAUAGUAUAAGGGAACUCAAGGGAAAAACAAAAACAAAACAAAAAACAAAAACUAUUUUAAGACUUUUGAACUUUGACCAGAUGUUGACACUUAAUACGAAAUUCCAGACAGCUGUGAUUAUUUUUUACUUUUUGUCAUUUUUCAUCAACAACAGAGGACCAACGAAACAAGAACAGAAAUGUGAAAUCAUGGGCUCACUGAAAUGAAUAUGUCCAUGUACAGAUCCUCUGGAAAAAAAAAAGACUCCAAGAGUUAUAACUACUGUAGUAUAAACAUAGGAACUAAGUUAACUUGUACAUUUCUGUUGAUCACUCCGUUACGUUGCCUCAGAUAGUUUUAGAAGAAAAAAAAAUCCUUGUUUUCCACACUAUGUGUGUUGUUCCCAAAAGAAUGACUGUUUUGGUUCAGCAGUGAAGUCACUAUCCAUGAAAGACCUGUUUUGGCCAGUGAGAAAAGAACUACCCUGGAGAUGAAGAUGAAAAGUCUUGCUGGGUCUCUCAUCACUCAGAAGACUGUUCCAAGAAGGCCUUGCCAUUCCCUCGUUUUGUUCCUUCAUAAAAUGUGUCCUUUAGUUUCAAACAGAUCUUUAUAGUUUGUGCUUCAUUAAGUCUCUCCCCAUUCCUCCCCAAUCUAUUUUUUUUUUGGACUCUUCUUCAAAGAGCUUGCAGGUGAAGAUUUAAAAGACAGAACAGAGAGAGCAGGAGCUUCUUCCAGUAGUUCUGAGCCUUGGCUUUGGACAAAACAAAACUAAAAGUUGGGCAGCUUUCCUCAAUGAAAGAAGUUACUAACGGUCUUUGCACCAAACCUAGGACUUUAUCAUGAACUCAAAGCUUGGGAAAAAAAAGCAAGAGAAUACUGUAACAAACUUCGUACAGAGUUCGGUCUAUUAAUUGUUUCAUGUUAGAUAUUCUAUGUGUUUACCUCAAUUGAAAAAAAAAAAGAAUGUUUUUGCUAGUAUCAGAUCUGCUGUGGAAUUGGUAUUGUAUGUCCAUGAAUUCUUCCUUUCUCAGCACGUGUUCCUCACUAGAAGAAAAUGCUGUUACCUUUAAGCUUUGUCAAAAUUUACAUUAAAAUACUUGUAUGAGGACUGUGACGUUAUGUUUUAAAAAGAAAAAAGGUGUUAAGUCACAAAAUGCGGUAAUAAAUAUUUCAUUUUUGA